CGCGAUUCAAACUGCGGAGCUGUCGGUUCCCGGAGAACAGAGCUGUCGCGGCCGCAGCCGCCGCUGCGUGCGGGCCAUGGAGCACCGCAUCGUGGGCCCCGGGCCGUACCGGGCCACCAAGCUGUGGAAUGAAACAGUUGAGCUUUUUCGUGCUAGAAUGCCAUUGCGGAAACAUCGCUGUCGUUUCAAAAGUUAUGAACGUUGCUUCACGGCGGCGGAAGCUGUGGAUUGGCUACAUGAGCUACUGAGGUGCACAAACUUUGGCCCCGAGGUGACUCGCAAACAAACGGUCCAGCUGCUUAAAAAAUUUCUGAAGAAUCAUGUUAUUGAAGACAUCAAGGGAAAAUGGGGUCAGGGAUUUGAAGACAAUGGUCACUUGUACAGAUUUCCUCCUUCUUCACCCUUGAAACCAUAUCCAAAGAGGCCCCCAAAUCCAAAAGAUGUUAUUAAAUUUCCAGAAUGGAAUGAGCCCCCACCAGGCACUUCACAGGAGAACAUCCCGGUGAGGCCGGUUGUGAUGAAUUCUGAGAUGUGGUUCAAGCGUCACAGUAUCGCUAUUGGAGAGGUGCCGGCUUGUCGUCUAGUCUCCCGCAGACAGCUGACAGAGGCCAACGUAGAAGAGAUAUGGAAGUCUAUGACGUUAUCAUAUUUACAGAAAAGCCUUGGACUAGAUUCUUUAGAAGAAGUUCUAGACGUUAAACUUGUCAACUCCAAGUUCAUCAUCCAUAAUGUAUAUAGUGUGAGCAAGCAGGGAGUUGUUAUCCUUGAUGACAAGUCAAAAGAACUUCCUCAUUGGGUACUGUCAGCAAUGAAGUGUUUGGCAAAUUGGCCUAAUUGUUCGGAUUUAAAGCAACCUAUGUACUUAGGAUUUGAGAAAGAUGUCUUUAAAACUAUAGCAGAUUACUAUGGUCACUUGAAAGAGCCUCUGCUUACAUUUCAUCUUUUUGAUGCCUUUGUCAGUGUAUUAGGUUUGUUACAGAAAGAGGAAGUGGCCAUUGAAGCAUUUCAGAUUUGCUGCCUCCUCCUACCACCUGAAAAUAGGAGAAAGUUACAGCUGCUGAUGAGAAUGAUGGCCAGGAUCUGUUUAAAUAAAGAGAUGCCACCACUCUGUGAUGGCUUUGGCACCCGGACACUGAUGGUUCAGACAUUUUCCCAUAGCAUCUUGUGUUCCAAGGAUGAAGUGGACUUGGAUGAGUUAUUAGCUGCUAGGCUGGUGACAUUUCUGAUGGACAAUUACCAAGAAAUUCUGAAAGUCCCUUUGGCCUUGCAGACCUCUAUAGAGGAGCGCGUGGCUCACCUACGAAGAGUCCAGAUUAAAUAUCCAGGAGCCGACAUGGAUAUCACUUUAUCAGCUCCAUCAUUUUGCCGUCAAAUCAGUCCAGAGGAAUUUGAAUAUCAAAGAGCAUAUGGCUCUCAGGAGCCAUUAGCAGCUUUGUUGGAGGAAGUCAUAACAGAUGCCAAACUCUCCAGCAAAGAGAAGAAGAAAAAAUUGAAGCAGUUUCAAAAAUCCUAUCCUGAAGUGUACCAAGAACGAUUUCCUACACCAGAAAGUGAAGCACUUCUGUUUCCUGAAAAACCAAAACCAAAACCACAGCUGCUCAUGUGGGCACUGAAAAACCCUUUCCAACCAUUUCAAAGAACUAGAAGUUUUCGGAUGUAAUGCUUCCAUAACCAUUAGAGAUCUCUGUUAUUUUGAGUAAAUGGGUAGUUAGAGAGUAUGGUGGUGGAAGAAAGAAGAGCAGAAAAUAUAGACUACUGAAAUAUAAGAUUAUCUGACUUCAAAAAAUGUUGAGCCAUUAUCAGUAUUUUUCUGAAACUCAAUGCUAUUUUUAAAGUGUAAAAAUCAGUUAAAAAUUAUGACACAAAUAUAUGGGGUAAUGUUAACAUGUUUGUAAUUUUUAGAAAAUUUAAGAGUAUUUUUAUUUGUUGUUUUUCAUGGUGUUUAUGAAAUAACUGUGUGUACGUCCUAGUUACUGAUGUCUUUAUUCAAACAAAGUCUUAAAAAUAGUGUAUAUGCUUGAAUAAGAAAGACACUGGGUACUGUUACUGUGAUGCUAUUGACUUAAUAGCCAAUUGUGAUAUCUCCUGUGUAAAUUCUGUUUUUCAUUGUUGCACAAAGAUUCUUAAAUGUCCUGCGUUGUGAUGGCUGUGUCUUUUAUUGCAGAUUUGUUGGAGCUAGGACAGAUUUUACUAAAGCUGUUUCUUUUAUAACAUAUAUAUUUGUUGGUAUUUACCUGUAAGCAGUAUAUUUUCAUCUGCCAGGAGUGGUAUAAUUUCAGUCUGGCUAGAGAUGGAAAAUUGAACGGGAUAAAUUCGUUCCAUUCCUUUAGAUAUGUGAUUCUAAGUCAAAUCUUUAUUGUUUCAUGAAAAACACAAAUGGAUUAAGUAAAAUGAGACUACUUUCUUUAUUAAUAUAUUUCCUCAAGCCU